GGUUCAUAGCAGCCAUUUUGAGAAUGCGUUGCGGGAGCCAUGUUUUGUCAAGGAAUAGAAACCAUCGAAAAUGAUCACAUUUCUGUUUGUUUCACCCUCCGUCGCCAAUAUUUCACCAAGAAAACAGUCAACCGACGGGACAUUAGCAAAGCGGGGUAUCAAAACUGUGUUUACAGUUUUAAAACAUCAUUGAUAAGAGACUGGAUAAAAGUCUGUGUUUACUGUCUGUCACUGUAAAGACUUGUAACCGUGAGUUUUUUCAAACUAAUGCAAUCCUUCAUCAUCUCACAAUCCAACGUCUCCUUGAGUGACUGAAUGCAACUCACUCUCGUUUCGGGAGAAAGGCAAUUUCGUUUCCAUGGCUUUCGCGAGCCUUUCCUCCAAUCCCCCAAACCCCGUUCUUCACAAAAACAUGACAGACUCUGAACUUGCAGGGGAUGAAAGGGAGGAUGGGGAACUAGAAGAUGGAGAAAUAGACGAUGAAGGGAUAGGCAUUGAAGAGGAAGGGAAGGAAAUCAAAGAAGAGGAUGACAAAAAAGAGAAGGAGCGGGAGAGAGAUGACAAAUCUCGCAGGCGCUCGAGAAAGAGGUACAGGAAAGCAAGAGAGAAGAGGAGGUCAAAGAAGAGGAGAAGAGACCGGCAGAAAAACCACUCCCCCUCCAGCUCGGACAGUUCGGACAGCUACGAGUCUGAUCACGAGCGCUCAGAGAGACCCAAGAGCAAGAAGAACCAGGGCCCAUACCGCGAGUACGACAGCACGUUCUCUCAGCAUGGCCAGUCCAGCGGCGGACACGGCAAACUGCAGAGACCCGCCUCGCACAAAAACAGCGACUACGACAAGUUCAGCGACUACAGCGAGGACAAGUACGACUACGAGGGGGAGGACGACGACUUCGCGGACGACGUGGGCCACUAUCGACCGGGCAAGGAGUGCGCCCCACACAGCAAAGGAGGCCCGUCCAAGGAGCCCAUGAAGAGGCCCAACAUGAAGGGCGUGCAGAAGCAGCAGUACCUCGGACCCAAGGGGAGAGGGCGGGGCGGUCUCGGCCGGGGGCGGGGCAUGAUGAACAAGAACAAGAAGCAGAAAGGCAAGAACUGGGGCCGCGGGCGUGGACGGGGCGGCGACCAGGCUGGGGACGGGAUGAAGGAGAACUUUUGGAGGCCCCUGGCCCACACGCGGCUGCUUCUUUCACAGGACGGGAAGGGUCCGCCCCCCUUUCAGAAAAAACGGCCAAUCAUGACACAGGAGUUCAUCAAUCAACACACAGUCGAACACAACGGAAGAUACAUCUGCAAGUAUUUCCUGGAGGGACGAUGCAUCAAAGGGGACCAGUGCAAGUUUGAGCACGACCUAGUCGUACCCGACAAGAAGAAGGAGCUUUGUAAAUUCUACAUCCAGGGGUACUGCAGCAAGGGAGACAACUGCAUCUACAUGCACAGCGAAUACCCCUGCAAGUUCUUUCACACGGGGGCCAAGUGCUUUCAGGGAGAGAAGUGCAAGUUUUCUCACGACCCGCUGAACGACGUGGCCCGGGAACUGCUGGAAAAGGUCCUGAACACGGAGGGCGAGGCCAUGAACGAGGACGAGCAGGAGGUGGAGGAGCUGAGGAAGCAGGGCAUCGCCCCCCUCCCCAAACCGCCCCCCGGGGUGGGACUCCUGCCCACGCCCGGACCCAGCAGCCCGCAGGACGGCAAGAAAAUCCCCUCGCUGUUCGAGAUCGUGGUGCAGCCCACCGUGGACCUGGCACAGAAGAUCGGACUCAGGCCGAAUUUCUACAACAGCUCCUCCCCCACCGACACCCAGUUCCAAGGGAACGGCCCCCCGCCGCAGUUUGGGGGAGGCCCCGAGGACGGGCAGGGCCCAAACAUGAUGCCCCCAGUGCCUAACGGGCCCCCAGUCCCUCCCCCGGGUUCCCCGGGCUCAAUGGGGGGCCCCCCUCUCCCCCACGGCGGGCCGCCCCUCCCCCAGAGCCCGCCGGGGCAGCCCCCGCCGCACGGCUUCCACCAGGGCCCCCCCAUGAACCUCCCACCUCCGGGGCAGCCUCCCGGCUUUCACGGAAAUCUCCACGGGAACCGCCCCCCCCAGCAGAACCAGCAGGGACCCCCGUUCCCGCCCUUGCCAGACAUGCCGAUGCAGCAGAACAUGCCGUACCCCACCGUCCCGCCCAACACCGCCGAGUUCUUUGGGGGUUACUACGGUAACCAGGCCAUGGGCCCUGGAGAAGGCGUUCACCAGGACCAGCUGGCCUUCGGCUGCUCGCAGGACCCCCAGCAGGGGGCCGGCGAGGCGGACGGGGCGGUGCAGGUGCCCGACUUCCUGCCGGCGGUGCAGAAGGCGCUCUUCCUGCGGCUGAGCCAGAAGCAGCAGGAGGGCGAGGCGGCGGGGGACGAGGGAAAAGGGCAGCGCACAGGAAGCAGAGACAAGGAUGAUGCCACUAACUGGUACUCCAGUGAUGAAGAGGAUGGGAACAGCAUGACGGCCAUCCUCCGCUCCCUGAAGAAACAGAACGAAGUCAUGAAGCAGCAGCAGCAGCAGCAGCCGCCUCCCACAAUGCACCAGGCCACACCGCCUGCGGGGCUCUGCGAUCCCCGUCUCCACAAAGACCGGGCCCCGCCCAGCGACCCCCGCAAGGUGGACCCACGGCAACGCGCAGCAGAACUGAGGAAGAGCGCGGAGGCGACCUCUGACCCCAGGCUGGUCCGGGACCCCCGGAAGAUGAGGCCCCCUGAGCCAGGCACCCCAAAACCAGACGGGGGGCACCAUCACCCCCACCCCCACCCUCACCCUCACCCUCAGCACCCCUCGCUCUCCCACAAAGCGCGCAGCACGGAGGACGACGAGGAGGGGGAGCGAGAGCCCCGGGAGAAGGCGGUCAUCAUCCCGCUGGAGCCCCGCCCGGGCGUGGCCCUCAAGGACCCGCGCUGCCAGGUGAAGCAGUUCAGCCACAUCCGCGUGGACAUCAUCCUGUCCCGCCCGGCCUUCGCCCACUCCGUGGUGUGGGCCCCGGAGGACCUCAUCCCCCUGCUCAUCCCCAAACAGGAGCCCUCCAUCAACCUGCCCCUGCCCCCCCUCAUCGCCGACGCCCGGCUCAACCGCACCCUCGGGGGCCCGCUGGUGGAGCCGGCCCCCCCUCCUGUGCCCCCGCUGGACCCGCGCCUGGCCGCGGCGCGCCUCAAAGAGGGCGUGGGCAGGGCGGGGGGGUUCACCGGCAGGAGCCUCGAGCUGAAGCACCCCCCGGAGAAACCCCUGGACCCCCGGAUCAGCCGCUCGGCGAGUCUGGACUCCAAGCCGCCGGCGCUGAGGGAGGCCGGCCCGGGCGGGGCCCUGGACCCCAGGCUCCUGAGAGCCACCACAGGGGGCACCUCCGCCCCCUCCACGCCCGUCAGGGCUGAGCCUGAGAAGCUGCCCCCGUACGCCCCCCGGCUCUCCUCCUCCGGGGGGGGCCUGGAGAGCCCCACUGCCCUUUUAGGGGGGAUCAGCCUGUACGACCCGCGGAACCAGGCCUCUGCGCAGCCCCCCAGGGAGGACGGGGCGGAGGCCCCCAAAAAGCCGGGCAUCCUGAAACAGUCCUCCGCCAAGCCGCCGCUGUCACCGGCGCACACGGGCGGGGCUGCUUCCGACGGCCCCUCGGAGGCCCCCGCGGGGGGGCAGGGGGGCCACGGCCGGCUCCAGCCCCCCUUGGCCCCCGCCCCGCCGCUCCCGGCCCCCGCCGUCCACAACCUGCCCAUCCAGGCGCUGGCGGGGUUGAUACGACCCCCCUACGCUGACCCCCGACAGGCCAAACCGCUGGGGCAGCCGGCAGGGCCCCAGGGGGACGAGGACACAGUGGAGGAGCCCGACGACCGGCCCCUGAAAGACGUGUUCAAGACCUUCGACCCCACAGCCUCACCUUUCUGUCAGUAAAACAACCCUGCAUUUAUUAUUAUUAUUAUUAUUAUUAUUAUUAUUAUUAUUAUUAAUAAUCAACAAAACGUCUGUCACAGACUGUAUGAAUGGUGUGUAAGCCACCUCACCCCACCUAACAUUAUUGACCAGUAUAUAUUUAUUUAUUUCAACUGUAUAUAGAGACGAGGACUGCUACACGGAGAACUUUAAAGAGUAAGUUGUAUAUGCAUUUGUGUGUUGAAUAGGCGGUCACUGACACCCCUGGUCGACACUCAGUGUUGCCAUGACGACUUGCGUUGCAAGUGAUGCGCCUGCUCCUGGCGUGGCAGAUUUAUUUGAACAUGACGCGCUGGCUUGAUCCAGACUCAGUUGGUGUACAGCUAUCAUGGGUGUAAAAUGUAUGUGGUGGGUACAGUAAAAAUUUAUUUUGUCAGUCACAUAGUGUAUCAAAGACAUGCUAUUAUGCUAUUAAAAGUACAGUAUUAAGGGUUUACCUUUUUGUGUAUGUUGAACAAGUAAAAAAAAAAUUAUAGAAACUGCCACUUUUAUAUUACUGUACAGUGUUUAGCUUAUAAUUAGACAGAUGCAUCAAAUCUACCAGAACAAUAAGUACAAAUAUCCUCUUUUAUCUUCUGCACUCCAUUUGUACAACACCAGUACUAUGACACUUUUGCAUUUGUGAUUAUUGCACACCAUGACAAUGAAGAAUGUUGAAACGGUCAGCGCCCUGGUUUGUUUAAUUCAGAUAUUAUGUACAAUACUGUGUUGCUGUAUGGUGCUAUUUCUGUUCAGAGUAAGUGGCAUUUCCCCCCUUUUCCAGUCUCACCUGAUAAGGCACAUUGUAAAUGGCUUCUUUUGUAUGAUAAACACAGUGCUUGUUAUGAAUCUCUUCAUAAAUUUGACUUUUUGUUGUAGGCAACGGUUGUGAAAUCUGAUAAGAAAGAAAACUUAAAACUA